GCUCAGUACGCGGUUAUGGCCGAUUGCAACGAAAUCAUUUCUGAUACUUGCGCAGAAAACUCUUUAAAUAAUGAAAAUGAAAACGAUAAAGCUGAUGAGUCUCUCGAUUUGGACGAUUUAUUGCCGAUAAUUGGAGAGUUUGGAAGGUAUCAAAAGCUAUUGGUUUUUGGAAUUUGUCUACCAGCAUGCAUACCUUGUGGAUUUUGUGCAUUUAAUCAAAUUUUUAUGGCUAACAUCCCAAAUGACUACUGGUGCAAAGUACCAGAACUACUGGAAAUGCCAGUAGAAAUGCGGAGGUUUCUAGCAAUUCCUAAAAAUGUGGAAGAUCUUGACGCUUAUAGUAAAUGCUACCGUUACGCUGUAAAUUGGACGGAAAUUCUUGAGAUAAAUUUCUAUAACAUUCAAAGGCCAAAUGAAACCUGGGCUUACAAAAAGUGUGAUUUUGGAUGGGAAUAUAAUACUUCCAAGGUGUGGUCAUCUAUUGUAAUUGAUUUUGAUUUAGUUUGUGACAAGGACAUAUAUCCAACAAUUGGUCUAGCGGCACUUAAUACUGGUGGUCCGAUUGGAGUUUAUAUAUUUGGUCUGCUCAACGAUAGAAUGGGAAGGCGUACAUCAUAUUUCACAUGCUUAGGAACAUUGCUCUUUGGUAGCCUAAUAACAUCGUUAAGCAAAGAUUUUUGGACUUGGGCAGGAAGCAGAGUCAUAGUUGGUUUAACUAUACCAGCUGUCUAUCAAAUCCCGUUCAUAAUCUCUUUGGAGCUCGUUGGGGAAAAUUAUAGAUCGUUCGUGACUGUUAUGACUUGUACUUUUUAUACAUCGGGCAUAAUGUUAUUGUCAGUGGUUACCUACUUAGAACGUGAUUGGGUAAAACUUUCUUAUUACACUUCUGUACCGUUUCAUUUAUAUUUUGGGUACAUUUUCAUUAUGCCGGAAUCUCCUCGAUGGUUAUUAAUGCGAGGACGCUUAGAAGAAGCUCUUGGAGUUUUAGAACGGAUGGCAAAAGUGAACGGUCGAAAACUUCCAAAUAAAAUUAAAGGUGAUUUAGAAGCAAAAAUUUUGCAAAACAAGAUUGCAAACGUAAAAACUGUUAAUGUAGGCGUUUCAGACUUAUUCAGAACACCGAACAUGAGGCUCAAGACCAUUUUAAUUACUUUGAGUUGGUUUGCUAAUGAAACCGUGUAUCUGGGCUUAAGCUAUUAUGGUCCAUCAUUGGGCAAUGAUCAAUAUGUUAGCUUCUUUUUGUCUGCGGCGGUGGAAUUGCCAAGUUACCUGUGUUGUUGGUACUUAAUGGAUACCUUUGGUCGUCGUUGGCCUCUAAGUUUAUCUAUGAUAUUAGGGGGCGUUGCUUGCGUGAUUACUGUUACAAUACCAGAUGAGAAAGUUGAUGAGACCUUAAUAUUAUACUUAAUAUCAAAAGCUUUGCUUUCCGCUUCGUUCCUGAUAAUUUACCCGUUUGCUGGAGAAUUAUACCCUACACAAGUUCGAGGAAUUGGAAUUGGAGCAUCAAGUUACAUUGGUGGACUCGGCUUGAUUGUUAUACCGUUUGUCACUUAUUUGGGGAAAGAUAACUUGAAACUUCCUCUUGUCAUAAUGGGAGUAGUAUCAAUGAUUGGUGGACUUACCAGUUUAAGGUUACCUGAAACGCUUCAUGAGCGCUUGCCUCAAACUCUUGAAGAGGGUGAGAAUUUCGGAAAGGAUUGGUCUCUUAAGAAAUGCCUACUAUGUUAUUCAAAGCAAAAAGCAGUAUCACGCUAUGAAUCGUAUGAAAAUUUGGAUCUUCUUCAUUCAAAAGCAGGAAAUAAACCUAAAUCGCAAAAAGUGGACCCGGUGCGAAAUAUUCAGCCGCAAGGGACUUCAAUAAAACGUUUGGUGCGGCAAAUGAGUGUUAUGGAUACACAAAAAAAUUUUGAUGGAACAAUGCAGUUAACUCACUGGAUUUAAAGUAUCGAAUCAGUCAUUUCGUAUUGAAAUUUUGCAUUUUAUUUUAAGCUUUAAUAUUCAAAAUACAUUUUCUUGUACAGAACCAAAGGUAGUCGACAACA